CCGCGAGGAGGAGGAGCCGCCGCCGCAGCAUCAAAGAGACCGAAUUCCCGCGGCCUGGGGGGAGUCAUGCUCUGCGGUCUGUAAUGUCAGCAGAACAGGAGAAGGAUCCCAUUUCGCUGAAGAGAGUUCGAGGUGGAGAUAGUGGACUGGAUGGGUUAGGAGGACCAGGCGUACAACUAGGAAGCCCAGAUAAGAAAAAACGCAAGACAAAUACACAGGGGCCUUCUUUUCCUCCACUGUCUGAGUAUGCUCCACCACCGAAUCCAAACUCAGACCAUCUAGUGGCUGCUAAUCCGUUUGAUGACAACUAUAAUACUAUUUCCUAUAAACCACUACCUUCGUCAAAUCCUUAUCUUGGCCCUGGCUAUCCUGGCUUUGGAGGCUAUAGCACCUUCAGGAUGCCACCUCACGUUCCUCCAAGAAUGUCUUCCCCAUACUGUGGUCCUUACUCACUCAGGAAUCAGCCACACCCAUUCCCCCAGAAUCCUUUGGGCAUGGGCUUUAAUCGACCUCAUGCUUUUAACUUUGGGCCACACGAUAAUUCAAGUUUUGGAAAUCCAUCUUAUAAUAAUGCACUAAGUCAGAAUGUUAACAUGCCUAAUCAACAUUUUAGACAAAAUCCUGCUGAAAACUUCAAUCAGAUCCCUCCACAGAAUGCUAGCCAAGUAACUAACCCUGACUUGGCAUCUAACUUUGUCCCUGGAAAUAAUUCAAAUUUUACUUCUCCAUUAGAACCUAAUCAUUCUUUUAUUCCUCCCCCAAACACUUUUGGUCAAGCAAAAGCAACACCCCAAAAACAAGACUUUAGUCAAGGAGCAACCAAAAACACUAAUCAAAAUUCCUCUGCUCAUCCACCUCACUUAAAUAUGGAUGACACAGUGAAUCAGAGUAAUAUCGAAUUAAAAAAUGUCAAUCGAAACAAUGCAGUAAAUCAAGAAAAUAGCCGUUCAAGUAGCACUGAAGCUACAAACAACAGCCAUUCAAAUGGAACACAGAAUAAGCCACGACAACCUAGAGCUACAGCAGAUGCAUGCACCACUGAAAAAAGCAAUAAAUCCUCUCUCCACCCAAGCCGUCAUGGCCAUUCUUCUUCUGACCCAGUGUAUCCUUGUGGAAUUUGUACAAAUGAAGUGAAUGAUGACCAGGAUGCCAUCUUAUGUGAAGCCUCUUGUCAGAAAUGGUUUCACCGGAUCUGCACUGGAAUGACUGAAACAGCUUAUGGCCUCCUAACUGCAGAAGCGUCAGCAGUGUGGGGCUGUGAUACUUGUAUGGCUGACAAAGAUGUCCAGUUAAUGCGCACUAGAGAAACUUUUGGUCCACCUGCAGUGGGCAGUGAUGCAUAAUCACAGGCAUUAACUGUAGUGAGGUUUUUUCCUGCGUAUUACAAAAGUUCAGUACACAGGAUUUUAAUGUUUUACAUUAUUUUUUUAAGUGCACACAGAAAAGAUUAUUUACCUUUUAGUUUUUAUUAAUACUCCAUUACUAGUGCAAAUUUUGUAUUGUCUUUAUCUUAAAUUAGAAUAAUGUAUAUGAGGGUGCUUUAGACAGUACUAUACAAAUAAAUGUUAGUUGUUAAUCAUAAACAAAAGCCUCUUGAAGCUUCACGAUAGCAUAUAGCACAUGUAGUCAAGUUUUGACUUUUAAAAGUUAGUAUCAUUGAAAAAUGUACAUUUCAGUGCUGAACUUUGGCAAUAUCACAUUAAACACUUAGUUCAAAAAUUUUUUCAAGGAUCCAUUUAACAUGUUCUAAAAAAAAUACAUAUAUCUACAACAUGGAAGAAAGCAUACAUUUUAAUGGAUGUUUUCAAAAAUAGAGUAUAAGACCAGAUUCCUCUCCCACUAGGGUCCUUGAAAUUAGUGAUUUUCAUAUUUCAAGUCAGUCUUGCCAGUAUAUCUGUACAGAGAGGAAGCAGAUGUUAGCAUAUACUAGGCGCUCAGUAAGUAUUUGUUGAUAAACUUGUGGAUUGUACCACAUGAAAUUGCUAAUAUUAGAUCAGUUGAAAACUGAUCGCAAUUAGUGGAGUUGAUAUAAAGGAUGUUUCUAGUUAUGCUAUUUAGAAUUAUAACAGUGUUAUGCUCUUCACUUUUCAACUUUAUUUAAUGACUGAGUUGUUUUGUUGUUUUCCAGAGAAAUAAACAGUAUAGUCUCCUCAGAAGAAUUGUGAAUACUUUAAAAAUAUGAUUUCAAACUGGAACAUAUUGUAAAUGAGCUAGGUAGAUACAUCAAUUUGGCCUUAAGAGGGCUCUGUGGGCAAAGAACUACUCAGUGGUGAUUGAAAAAUUUGUUCUGGGGACCUGGAUUCAAAAUUGAGCCUCAGGUCAGUAUAGCAUAGAGAAGACAAGUAGUGAUUCUAUAGCAUCUUAUUACGCUGAUGGACAGUGACUGAAAUGGGGUGUCUAGGGGACUUGAUAAUAUGGGUGAAUGUUAUAACCACAAUGUUGCUCAUGUGAAGCCUUCAUAAGAUUGUAUAUCAAUGAUACCUUUAAAAAAAUGAGCCUCAGGGGAGAACAAAGUCAAUUUUAAGCAAAGAUUAAGAGAUCAGGUAAAAGCUACUUUAUAAACAAAAAUUCAAGCCCUUUCAGCAGACAGUCAUUUCUGCUAUGCCUGGGCAAAGUGUAAAAAUGGACCUGAGAGUAUCCCCUUUAGAGAUGAUCAGGAACAGAGAUGGUUUGAGGUAUCCUCAUUCAGAUUCAAAACAGCAGAAACCCAUUUUUGGAACAGAACAUAACUGUGACCAAAGAAAAAAAUAUGCAUAUGACAAUUGAUAGCAAUUUAUAGAACAAUUGAUGAACCUCCAAAACUUGUGCCAUCAUUAUCUUGUGACCAAAAAUGUUGUGAAGAUCAUAUGGUGAUCUGCGAAAGGGGUAACUCGUUACUACUAUUUAAACCCUGGUGAAAUGACAGCAAGAACAUAGUGCCAAGAAAUUUAAAUUAUGCAUGAAAAAUUGGAUUAAAAAACAUCUUCUGCGUAAUAAACACGAACCCACACUUUUCCAACAGCACUUGACCUCAUGCGUCACAAGCCACAAAAGCAAAGUUAAUUUGAGCUACUAAAUUUUGUCAUGUCCAUCAUAGUCACCAAACCUUUAUCCAACAACCUACCAUCUUUUUUCAUCAUUUGGAGCUUUCUGUAAGGAACAAAUUCUCCAAUUUGAGAAGGAGUAUUUAGAGGAUUUGAACAAUUUAGCCUAAAAAAUGACAAAUUUUAUAAAAUAGUAUCCUACUAGAAGAAAAUUGUUAAUACUUAUGCAUAUUUUGACUGAAUAAAAGUUAUUUUUUAAAUAGUGUUUUAAAUCUUACCUACAAAAACAACAAUUUCAUAUGGUACAAGGCAAUACAAGGUUUUCUCCGUUUACCUGUGACUAGUUAGAGGUGAGUAGAAAAUAUUUUCAGUAUAAUUGUAAAAUAUAUAUCUUUACAAUUUUAGGAAAAGAAAUUAUAUAAGCUCUAAUACUAGUCAUUCCUUUGUGUGAACCUUUACCAGUGAAAGCAGGUUAAAAUUCAGUAGUUUUGGCUGACUCUGACAUUUGAUGUGUUCACUAGCAUGCCUGAAAAUCCCAUUUUGAUUAUAUUGUAGCUUUUCUUAGAAAUACAUAAUUUUCUAAAUGUUUAAGGACCUAGUUAUGUUCUUGAAAUCUUAAUGAGUGCAAAUUUUUAAGAAAUGAUGCACGGCAUGCUGUAUGCCUAGUCCUAGCAUCAAAUCAUGAUUUUUUAUGACUGAGUACAGUUAGAUUGAGUAGAACCUGCCAAUGCCCUCAGAGUUCAUACUUUACAUGGUGGUACUUGAGUUGCACUCAUUGCUAAAACUGGUUAUGCAGUUUCUUAAACCAUCCAUUGCUUACAUUUAAGUUGCUUGUUUAUGAAAAUGAAAUAACCUCUACCAAACUAGUCUAAAGAUAACUUGGUGUGUAAUGUGUUUCUUUCAUUUUCCAUUUUCAAGUAGUUGUUUUUAAAAAUUUUACAAAUAAGUAAGUGUUCAAGUAUUUAGGUCUUCAGAGCAUCUUAUUUAAAUAAGAAUCUAUAAUUAUUCAAAAGAAAAACCUGUGGUUAAUUCUGACAACAAAUCAUGAGCAAAUGAUAGUCAUAGUUCAUGAAUGUUUUCAUGUGUUUGAAUUAUUUUCUAAUUCCACAUUUGUCUCUAACAGUAAGUCAAGGGUUACCUGGGUGCUUUUAGGUAGGGAAAGAGAUGAAUUCUAAGAAUGUCUGCAUACUAACUUAUCCAAUUUGACCCCAAAAAGGCUAUUAUUCAGAUUGAUGGACAAGUGAUGAGCUGCCCUAAACAUUUAAAAAUACUCAGUGACAGAAAGAAAUGCACACAGGUGGAAUUAUCUUCUAAUAGCAUUGCACCUUUUCCUUCACUAAAAUUCCUCAUCUCACAUGUGUGCGUACACAUAUGCACAGACACAAAUACACAAUUGAGCAGGAAAUUUUGGAGUUUCUCCUAUAUUCUCAAUUUUUGCCAAAGUUCAACCUGGCUAACUAUCAGCAGCCGGGCUCUCUCACCACAGCUAGGUUCAGACAGACAAAGUUUUAAAACAUCAGUUCCUUUCUCAGAAUUUGCUUUGUUCAUUUCACUAGAGAAUUCCUUAUCCACUUGCUUGUGGUUGCUACCAGACUCAGCUUAGCUUGUAAAAGAAAAAUAAGUUAUUCUUCAGAUAGAGUACUUAGAAUUAGAUUUGUGAUUGGUGUUUCCUUUUGUGUAAAAUACUUUAGAGAGUACUGCUAUUAUGAUUCUUGUUAUCCAAAUUAGAUGAUGAUGUACAUAAAACAAGAUUUUCUUGUACUCGUGAUUAUUCUUCAUAGAUGAACACAAUAUAAAGAAAUCCAAUUUUGUGGUGUUUUUUUUUUUUAGACACCCAACCUGCCUAGUUGUAGGGAAACAAACAAUAGUCAUGUUUGUCACUAUGAAAUCUGCCAAUUUCAAUCGUCCAAAUAAAUAUCAGGAGUCUUCUUCUAAUACUCUUUCAAGCUUGUUUGUCUUGAAAAAUUAAGAGUGCUAGUACUUGUCCAACAUACUAUAGUAAUUGUAUUUAAUAGUAAAAAGAUACAUAUAAGCAAUGGUUUUUUUUAAAGGGAGCUCUAGAGAGUUUUUGGAUUUCUUUUUUUGCAGUGUAUAGAGGUUUCAUAUGCAUGAACAUUUGAAGUAUUUUACAUUUUUUAAAUUGAAAAGGUUUAAUUAAAAGCAUCCAGGCUCCCAAAGUUUAUUUGUAAAUAGUGGUUUAGAAUUCUAUAUAAGAUGAUUAGAUUGUUAAGGAAGCUCAUAAAGGCUCAUGUAAACCAUAAUGUAGUUAAACAAUAGUAUCAUGCUGAGCGCUCGGUUUUCUUUAGGGACUGAAUCAAUGUAGAAGGGAGAAAGAAGCAGAAGUCUUUCCUUUUUUUCUGAUGUGAUUUAGGAAGGUUAAGUUCUUUGGUUAGAGUGUUUCCCAGUUGCCCUCUUAACCAUCCUGAACUCUCCAGUGGAAUGCUAUAUAAUCUAACUUGCCUUUACCCUUCCUUAAUGCCCUGUACUUCAAAAUUCCAUAUCUUUCACCUAAUCAGAAUUUCCAGUUCUUUCUGUGGUUGUGGUUGGCUAGACUUUAAGGGAAAGGGAAAAGUGUUUUCCACCAUGUGACUGAAUAUGGUGAAGAAAAUGGUAGCAAAUUUCUUUUUUUUUUUAAAGGCUAUUCAGAAUGAAUGUUUAAUAUUAAUCUAAGAUUUCAGACAGUAUGACCACAUUUCAGGCACUGUGGGAAGCAGUAGUUUUAUCACAUAGGCUGAUGCUGUCUUGAAAGAAAUUCCCUAUUUCCUUUAGAAUGUUGGGGCUUUUCAGUUUCCUUUCCUGUACUCCUAAACUCAGAGGUUUUCUUCUUAUUUCCAAAAUUUAGUCAACUUCCCCCUUUUCUCUAUUCCAUUUAUCCAAUAGAAGUCACAUCUGCACCUCUCCAAUUCUUGGUGCGCUGAUGGGAGUUUAGAGGCAUCCCUGGAAUAAGGCCAGGGAUGGCAUUAACAUCUCCCAAGAUGUGGUCUAGGGGUAACUAACGAUGGGAAGAAAGUGGCUGUCUACAAGCCAGGCAUUAAUACAUCUGAGGCUGUCUAUAUUUCAUUAAAAGCUCUUAGUGAAACCCAAUGAGUAAGCUUCAUCUUUGUCAUAUAUUAUCAAAAUACAUUACUAGCAAUUAAAACAUUCUAAAUACCUGUACUUUUCUUGUUCUAUAGAUGAUGUAGAUGAUGCUUGUUAGCUAAAAUAUCUUUUAUAAAAGAAAGUCCUGCUUCUUAUCAUGAUGUAUGUGACUUAAAUGACUGUUUCAUAUUAAAACUAUUUCUUCCUUAUGUACUGUUUACAUAUACCUCUUUUUGGGAUAUUAGUUCAGUACUUUUAUACAAAUCUGAGUGUGUUCCACAUUGGUGACAUGUAUUUUUACAGUAACUUUUUGUUUUCUUCUUAGAGCAUGUCUAAAGUAACACAUGCACUAGUGCUGUAGUCUGUGGCAAAAUUACUGUAAUUCAAAUUGGAAAAUAAAAUGUUUCCAGA